UGCCCCUUGGGGUCACAUGAGCAGCCCGGAUCCCGAUGCGGAGCCCCGAGCGGCAGCUGCCCCUGCCGAGCGCCCCCGGCCCGGCCGCAUGGCCAACGUCGCCAAGAAGGUGUCCUGGUCCGGCCGGGACCGCGACGAGGAGGACGAGCCCCCGGCCGCCGGGGAGGCCACCCCGCUGCUGAACGGCGCGGGUCCGGGGGCGGCGGGCGGCCCCCCGCACUCCCGGCCGAUCACCCAUUCGCCUUUUCUGCGCCUCGGGCAGCUGAGCAGCGUGGAUCUCGACGACGAUGUCCGCGAACUGGAAACGGAGGCCACUAACCAGUUUCCCAGUGAGAUUCCUCACAACGAGAAGCUGCUCUCGCUCAAGUAUGAGAGCCUGGACUAUGACAACUGCGAAAACCAGCUGUUCUUGGAGGAGGAGAGGCGGAUCAACCACACAGCAUUCCGAACGGUGGAGAUCAAGCGCUGGGUCAUCUGUGCCAUGAUUGGGAUUCUAACCGGCCUCGUCGCCUGCUUCAUCGACAUCGUGGUGGAGAAACUGGCUGGGCUGAAGUUCAGAGUGGUGAAAGACAAUAUUGACAAGUUCACUGAGAAGGGGGGACUGUCCUUCUCCCUGUUACUUUGGGCCAUUCUGAACUCGAGUGUGGUGAUGGUUGGAUCUGUUAUUGUCGCUUUCAUAGAGCCUGUAGCUGCUGGCAGCGGGAUUCCCCAGAUUAAGUGCUACCUCAAUGGCGUGAAGGUUCCUCAUGUCGUCCGCCUCAAGACCUUGAUGAUCAAAGUCUGCGGGGUCAUUCUGUCAGUGGUCGGAGGUCUGGCUGUCGGGAAGGAAGGGCCAAUGAUUCAUUCCGGAGCGGUCAUUGCAGCUGGGAUCUCGCAAGGAAGGUCGACUUCUUUGAAGCGAGACUUUAAGAUCUUUGAGUACUUCCGCAGAGACACGGAGAAAAGGGACUUCGUCUCAGCCGGAGCGGCUGCUGGCGUCUCAGCCGCUUUUGGCGCCCCAGUUGGGGGAGUUCUUUUCAGCUUGGAAGAAGGUGCUUCCUUCUGGAAUCAGUUCCUGACAUGGAGAAUCUUCUUUGCCUCCAUGAUCUCUACGUUCACACUGAACUCCAUCCUGAGCUUUUACCACGGGAACCCCUGGGACCUCUCCAGCCCGGGUCUCAUCAACUUUGGAAGGUUCGACAGCGAGAAACUGGGAUACACGUUCCAGGAAAUUCCGAUCUUCAUUGUUAUGGGAGUGGUUGGUGGAAUUCUCGGCGCGAUAUUCAAUGCCUUGAAUUACUGGUUAACCAUGUUCCGAAUCAGGUACAUCCACCGCCCGUGCCUGCAAGUGAUCGAGGCCAUGCUGGUGGCGGCUGUGACGGCAGCUGUGGGGUUUGUGAUGAUCUACUGCUCUAGCGACUGCCAGCCCUUCCAAGGGGAUUCUGUGGCCUAUCCCUUACAGCUGUUCUGUGCGGAUGGAGAAUAUAACUCGAUGGCCACCGCCUUCUUCAACACGCCUGAGAAGAGUGUCGUCAGCCUCUUUCACAACCCCCCAGGUUCUUACAAUCCCAUGACCCUGGGGAUGUUCACCCUGAUGUAUUUCUUUCUGGCCUGUUGGACCUAUGGGCUCACCGUGUCGGCAGGUGUCUUCAUCCCUUCCCUGUUGAUUGGAGCUGCCUGGGGACGACUCUUUGGCAUAUCAUUGGCCUACCUGACUAGUGGAGCGAUCUGGGCUGACCCCGGGAAAUACGCUCUGAUGGGGGCUGCAGCGCAGCUGGGGGGGAUAGUGAGAAUGACCCUGAGCCUGACCGUUAUCAUGAUGGAAGCGACUGGCAACGUCACCUACGGAUUCCCCAUCAUGUUGGCGCUGAUGACCGCUAAGAUCGUGGGCGACUACUUCGUGGAGGGUCUGUAUGACAUGCACAUCCAGCUGCAGAGCGUUCCUUUCCUGCACUGGGAGGCUCCAGUGACGUCUCACUCCCUCACUGCCAGGGAGGUGAUGAGCGCGCCCGUGACCUGCCUAAGGAGGAUUGAGAAGGUGGGGACGGUCGUGGACAUCCUCAGCGACACAUCAUCCAACCACAACGGCUUUCCCGUGGUAGAGAGCAGCCCGGACCCCACGCAGGUGGCGGGACUGCGAGGCCUGAUCCUGCGCUCCCAAUUGAUUGUUCUCCUGAAGCACAAGGUCUUUGUGGAAAGAGCCAACCUGACCCUGGUUCAGAGGCGGCUGAAGCUCAAGGAUUUCCGGGACGCCUACCCCCGCUUCCCCCCCAUCCAGUCCAUUCACGUCUCCCAGGACGAGCGCGAAUGCAUGAUGGACCUGACUGAGUUCAUGAACCCGUCACCCUACACGGUGCCCCAGGAGGCGUCUCUGCCAAGGGUCUUCAAGCUGUUCCGGGCGCUGGGCCUGCGGCACUUGGUGGUGGUGGAUAAUCACAAUGAGGUGGUCGGGCUGGUGACCAGGAAGGAUCUGGCGAGAUACCGACUAGGAAAGGAAGGGCUGGAGGAACUGUCCCUGGCGCAGACAUGACGCUCCUGGGGCGGUUGCUUUGCCGUGGUGAGCCCCGUUCCCCUGGAGGCGUUGGCAGGGAACUGGUCCCCGCAAGCUGCCAUGCCACCUGGUGCAUUUGGCACGAAUGCCCAGCCCCUGAUUGUGCGUCUUGUCCGUCGCCGUGUUCCCGUUUUACUGGCUGCCUGUCCCCUGUGUCGGCUGGGCGUCGCUGCAGCCUCCUCUCCUGACACCCGAGGGAGCAGGUGCUGGGCAGGUUCCUGGUUUCCCCCCUCUGCGCGCUGGGCCCUUGGAGCAGCUUUGAGGCUAGAGAGCAGUGGGGUGGGGAAGCCGAGCCCAGCGCUCUGGGGGAGCGUGAGCAUGCUACGAAGCUGGGCAGCAGAUGUCCCACUGCUAACCCCCGGCCGGCACAUUACAAGCCAGAGCCGCCUCCACAUCCCGCACCGCCUCCUGGAAUAUGUGCUCCGGACUUCAGGAACCAGAAUCAUGUGGAUCUGACCCAAUCUGCAGCCACCACGGACCAAUGUCCAUUCCGCCUGGGCCUCCUCUGCACCAAAGCCUUUACCCGGGACACGGGCAUGGGAGCUGGCAGGGCUUGGUCCAGUAUCUUCUAGCAGGGACCUUGCCAAGCAAAGGCUCCCUAGAUCCAUGGGCCACCAUCUGGGGACCAGUGUCUUAACGCUGCCCACAGCUGAGGUGGCUUUUAACCCUGCGUGCGAAGGGAGCAACGUACCCCAAUUCCACAGCCCCAGCCUUGCAGCUCGGCGGGUCUCCGAUGACACGGACACACACAGACGACUGAGCAAACGGGCUGCCAGGGACUGGGUGUGGCUGGCUUUGCCACGUGCUGCCGCCAGGCCCCGUUUUGGCAGUGGCAUGUCUGGGCCUGUCUGCGACCCUGGGCCAGCCUGUGGGCACAGCCCCUCCUGGCACUGCCUGUGCUGUGCGUCUCAGACACGACGCAGCCCCACCCCCUGCCUCUCACGCCCUCUUGUCUCUCCCAGGCGGGGGUCACCCUGGGCGUCCUGUGCCUGGCUUCCCUUAGGCAGGGGGCUCUGGGGGAUGGGGCAGGGGGAUGAAAGGAAGAGGGAUCUGCCUUGUGAAUAUUUAUGGGAUGAAGUGAUGCCAUGUGGGACGCUGAAGUGGAGCAUUUACAAACAAUCCCCUGCUCCUGGAGAGGGGUUCGCCCCAGUCUGGCAGCCUCUGUCCCUAGCUCCUGUCCAUUGUGCCCAUUCUCCUGGGCUCCACUCAGUGACAGCAGCACAGGGUGGGUGCCCUAGGUGCAGCUCAUGCUCCUGGCGAGAGGGAGGUGGGGCCAAAAUGCACAGAGACCAUAAGAAAUAAAAUCACUGGAACCAAACCGCUGCUGCCGGAUCUGCUUUUCCGUCUGUGCCCCGUCCUGGCCGCACCACUCCUGGGCAGCCCGGUGAGAUCUAAUGGGGUCAGGCCGGGGCAGGGAGCAGUGUCCGGUUCCAGGGGGUAGACUCAGGAAGAAAGAAACGGCUCUGAACGACUGGUGUUUAGCGUGAAGUCAUCCCCACCUCCGCCUCGCAGAGCUCAGCUCCUGCCCAGCCAAGGAUGCCCCAUGGCUGAGGGGAAAGGCCGGGCCGCUGUGUGCGGAGCCGUGGCUGGCCAAUUGGCACACCUGAGCUCGCCGCAUGGCGGUCCCAACCUUGUGCGAAGCCUUUACAGAUUGGGGUGUGAAAGUCUGGCCUGAACUCACGGCUGCUCUCAGUGCCAAGCAGUAAGUGAAAGAUGCUGCUGGUGCCAGUUCCCAGAGGGGGCAGGGAACGUGACAGCUGAAAGGUCUGGGGCGCCAGCUCAUCACACUGCCCUCAGAGCCAGCUGCAGGUGGUGAGACACUGGGACAGCCAGAUGCCAUCUUGGCUGGCUUGGAGGUGGCAGAGACUGCCUGCUGCAGGUCAGCCAUUGCUCCAGCCCCCGGGUUCCUGGAGCAGCCUUGGGAGAGGAGGUUUUGGGCCUCUGGUCAGUGCAAGCCUUGUUCCUGCAUCCCCUUCCACGGGCCCUGCUCCCCUGCUGGCACAGUCCUGGGCCUAGUACUUCACCCACUGCUAGAAACGAGAGCUAGUGACCAGCCCUUUGCAUCCGUUGUAAAGCUGGGCUGGCCUGGCAGCAGGCUGUGCGUCGCUGGUAAUGUACAGACUGUUCAUCAGUCAGCAUCUCACGCUGGAGUCUGAAAUACCAGCCCCAGUGCGCUUCCCAGUGUCCCAGUUACUUGGGGGUGGAGCAGUUUGUUCUUGAGUAGUUUGCAGGUCACAGCCAGGGGCUCAGUCAUCACCAGAUGUGAGGGGGUGGGGCUAGAGAUUUUACACACCUGUGUCUAGCAGAGGGCUGAGAUCAGCCUCCCCAGAGCCCUUGGAAACAAGGUAGGAUCUUUCCAACUGAGAGGACUUGCCCCCUCCAGGCCGAGUGGAUUCCAGUGUCUCCUUGGAGAGCUGCUCUAAACACCCAGGACUCGAGCCCGCUCGCGUUGUAGACGCAGACCUCGCACAGUCAGCUAGUGCUGCUCGGGCAAGCGUGUUCCUGUACCUCUGGGGCAGGAUUGGGCUCUGAAGGGGGGCACGCAGGGCAAUAGAUACCCUCCCUCUGGGACCCAAAUAAUGUUCUCACAGAGCAGGCCACCAUCUUCUCUGCCUCUCCUGAAUUUGUAGAAGGAGCAGUUGCAAACCCCAAGUGUCUAUUUUGGAAGCCUUGAGAUUUUCUAUGGGGAGAUGACCCGUGGGAGAUAUUUUUGUGCUGAAAUAAAGGCUGUUUAUACUUUUA